UGAUAUUGAUAUCUCGAUGGGAACGGAAAAAGAAGAAAAAAAAGAAAGCUUGUCCUGCCAGACUCAACGGAAGAGACGAAGGAGAGAUGGGGGCUCGACGUUGGUGGUUGGGGACCAGCAGCAAGUGGGCGGCGACGGCGGCGAGCCUGUGGAUCCAGUGCACGAGCGGCCCCGCUUACUGCUUCGGCAUCUACUCCCCGCUCCUCAAGUCCUCCCAGUCCUAUGACCAGUCUACCCUCGACACCGUCGCCUUCUUCAAGGACCUCGGCGCCAACGCUGGCGUCCUCUCCGGCCUCCUCUACUCCUCCUCCGGCCCCAGGUCCGUCCUCGCCGCCGGCGCCGCCCAGUGCUUCGCCGGCUACUUCCUCAUGUGGCUCGCCGUCACCGGAGCCCUCCCUCGCGUUCCCGUCCCCCUCAUGUGCCUCUUCAUGCUUCUCGCCGCCCACGCCCAGACCUUCUUCAACACCGCCAACGUCGUCACCGCCGUCCACAACUUCCCUUCCUACCGAGGCACCGUCGUCGGCAUCAUGAAGGGCUUUCUUGGUCUCAGUGCGGUAAUACUAAUCCAGUUAUACCGAACGCUUUACAGCGGAAAUUCAAGUUAUUUUCUUUUAAUGCUUGCAGUCCUGCCCGCUUUCCUCCCACUCGUCCUCAUGUAUUUUGUGAACGUUCAUUCCUCAUAUGGAGGAGAUAACAAGCAACUCUUGGAUGGCUUUUCCCUCAUUGCCCUUAUCAUUGCUGGUUAUAUUAUGGCUCUUGUCAUAUGGGAGAAUGUAGGGACUAUGGGAUCACCAGCCCGCAUUCUGACUUUUCUAGUACUCAUUAUGUUACUUUCCUCCCCGAUAGCUAUUGUUGUUAGAGGUCAUAUGAGGGACACUAGGAUUCAGUUUGAAACCUCAAGCCAUGAAAGGAUCUUAUUGACAAAUGAUGUUGAUCCAUCAGAAGUUACCGGGCAAAGAGAAAGUGAUGCAUUACCGCCUAGGAAGUCUUGCUUGAAGAGCGAUAGUAGUGCACAUUGGCAUGAGGCCCCUGAGCGAGAUGCGCAAAUGCCCCGAACAGUAGAGAACUUGAAUAUUUUGCAGGCCAUGUGGACCUGUGACUUCUGGUUGUUGUUUCUAGCUAUGGCAUGCGGUAUGGGUUCAGGAUUAGCCACAGUAAAUAAUAUUAGUCAAAUAGGAAGUUCAUUGGGCUACACAAGUGUGGAAACAAGUACCUUAAUUUCUCUAUGGAGUAUAUGGAAUUUUCUUGGUCGUUUUGGCACAGGAUACAUUUCUGAUUACUUCCUCCGCAUUCAAGGCUACGCUAGGCCUAUAUUCAUGGCUAUAACACUUGGAACCAUGAGCAUUGGUCAUGCAGUAAUAUCUUCGGGCCUUCCUGGUGCUCUGUAUGUUGGUUCUAUACUGGUUGCUGUGUGUUAUGGUUCUCAGUGGUCACUAAUGCCCAUCAUCACUUCAGAAAUAUUUGGUCUAAGGCAUUUUGGCACCAUAUUUAACGCCAUUGCCAUUGCAAGCCCUUUAGGAUCUUAUAUCCUCUCUGUAAGGGUUGUGGGAUAUAUAUACGACAUGGAGGCAUCUACAUCUGACAAGAGCACUUGCACAGGUAUCCACUGCUUCAUGCUAUCUUUUCUCAUUAUGGCAGCUGUGAGUCUUUUUGGGUCUAUUGUUGCCUUGAUUUUGUUCAUGCGUACAAGAAUGUUCUAUAAGCAGGUCAUCGUUGCAAAACUUCAACAUUCAGUUAUUCUGUGAGUAGUUAUUUCAGUUGUAACCUUUGUAUAAUAUGAUAUACAGUAAUGUAGAUAAUGAGCAUCUCCUUUAGUAUGCUUUAGAGGUCUUAGUUUACACGAUGGAAACAAUCUUCUUGGGACCCAAUUUGAUGGUCUUAGUUGAAUGUUUCUGAUAUUUAUUUGGUAUUAAAGUUUCUUUCAUGUAUAUCUUUGAAAAAUAUCCUUUUGUGUGUA